UUUGACCAAAAAGACAAAACAAACAAGGAAUUUGGUAUCGAAACUUCACCAAACACCACCGCUACACCAAUGGUAGAAUGAGUGAAGGAAGUUAUCAUCUCUGCGAUUCCCGCGAUCCUUCAUCAACAACCAGGUAAAAAAAAAAAAAAAAUGGAGCACGAGGAGGAGGAGGACCGAUUAUCGAAUCUACCGAAAAUCAUUCUUCAUAACAUUCUGUCAAGGCUGCCAAAGAAAGAUGGUGCUAGGACAAGUGUUUUGUCCAAAGCUUGGGAAGAGACAUGGUAUACUUUUCCUAUUUUGUAUUUUUCUGAUGGUUUGUUCGUAGGGACAUUUCCCCAACCAUGGGAAGGUUUUUUAAGGAAGAGAAAGAAUUUCAUUGAUUACGUGAAAAGAACCUUGUUGAGGUUCUAUGAUAAUGGAUUGGCUAUCAAACAAUUUAAGCUUAGCGUCAACAAUUUUGAGCUUCAUUACAUGUCAAAAGAUGUUGAUCAUUGGUUGAAGUUAGCAAGUGAAUGUGGUGUUGAAUUACUAGAGCUUUGUUUGCCUGAUGGUCCCGACCAGGAUGAAGAAGGUCGCGGUGAAUGCUAUGUCUUACCGAAUGGUGUAAUUGAAGUCAAAUCGCUUACUGAGUUGGUGUUGAUGGGGGGAAUUAGAGUUGAUACUGCGUUCAUGAAUCAUUCAAUUAAAUUUUUCUCGUUAAAAGUAUUGUCAUUGUGGGCUGUCCUUUCGAGAGAUGAACAUGCAAUUGAGCAUCUCAUUUCUUGUUGUCCUUUGAUUGAACAUAUAACUUUGAAGUGUUGUUCUGUAUUGAUCCCUAAUGUCGCAACAAAUUUUCUACUUGAAUCUGACACCUCUGGGGUCAUGAAGUCUUUGAAUAUGCAUGGUCUACUUAAGUUGAAGACAGUUGAUGUUCAAGGAAUACAGGAGGUUUAUAUUGAUGCCCCGUGUCUUGAGAAAUUUUGUUAUUGUCCUGGUGAUUUUGACGCACCGUUUAAGAUUGAUUUUGAUAGGUGCCAAAAUUUGAAAUAUUUAGACUUGUUGUCUUUGAAGAGUAGUAUUAUCACAGACAAAUGGUUUCUUGAACUGUUUUCAAAAUUUCCUUUCCUUGAGAGUUUGAAGUUGAACAAUUGUAGGAUGUUCGAGAGGAUUAAUAUUUCAAGUGUUCAACUUAAGGUGUUGGAGUUAUCUAAUUGUUCUAACUUGAAGGAGGUCAACAUUGACGCUCCAAAUCUAUUAUCGUGUGUAUUUUAUGGUGGUGGUGGUUCAGAGCCUAUUAUAUCUUUUCUUAGAAGUUCUAGUCAACUAGAAGUCGAUUUGCAAAUCCCCAUUGAUUAUCUGGAUCUUUGUAACUUGAGGGAAUCUCUUCAAAACAUCAAACCUCAAAAUGUUUUGUCAUCUCUAUCUCUAUUCAUCUUUCAGCCAACUGAGGAUGCACUGAACCCAUUGGUCUUUCAAGUUUCAUCCCCGCCACCAAGCAUCAAACACUUGCACCUUCGCUCUGUUCCAAAAAAUGAAAUUUUGUUUUCGUCUGUUGUAAAUAUCAUACUUUCAAGCUGCUGCCCCGCAACUAUAUCCUUGAGCUUUAAUCCUUUUUUUUGCACCAAAGCAUUCAUAGAGUUUCUAUAUGAGACGCUAAUGGAAAGAAAGGAGGAUGGCUGUUUUUGCGGUUCCGGUGAUACUAGGUGUUGGUGGCAUGGCUUGAAGGAUGUAAAAGUCACGAGCUCUAUGAAGAUUGAUGAGAAUGUUGAUUUCAAGACCAUGUUAGAAUUGUUGGGAUUUGGAGAAGAAAUUAGCUUUACCUUAGAAGUUUAAGGUUGUUUUCAUCAACUGAUAGACAUGUUUACUUCCAAGUUUGAUGUUACCUUUUAGUAUUGCAUUCUAAGUCCACAUCUUCCCUAUUCUGCUGCAUAUAAUGACAGACCACUUUGUUUUGCUAUACACUAUGAAAAAUUCUGAACAGUAUCAUAGAGUUCGUACCCUCAUUUUGCUCUAUUUCCCAUCGAUGACAAUUACAGCAUGUUCUGGCCUGGCAAAGGAUGUGAGGUACACAAUCUUCUGCAA